CUAAUCCCAAAGGACUCCGCCUCUUUCGUAGAGCAAUUUCCUAGCCAUGGACUAAAUAAUGUGUUCGUAUACUCGGUAUAUGAAUAUAUGAUUCGGGUGUUUAUUGAUCAUUUUCCCUUUUAUUUCUUCUGGUUUUCUAGUUUCUGCUACGGUUCGCGCAAAACACCCGAACCCGAACCAAUAAUACCAGUUUUUUCCACCCGUUUUAUUCAAUUCGGACACGGGUUUAUUCCUCUUCCUCACCGUUCUCAAGCUUAGUUGUGAAGUGCGAAGCUCUCAGAGGAGGACGACAAAUAUAUGGAUCCACCGCACCAUGCCCCUAACCAGAACAACCCGUACAUUACCAGUAACAAUCCGCUGCACUUCACAAUCCAUUUGCCGCAAUCUAAUGCCCAUCCAAACCCUAACCCAAGUUUCAGUCCAAUUCCUAUUUAUGACCAUAAUCAUAGUUCCAAGCCUUCCUCAAUCAAUCAACAGUUGGCAUCUCUCUCCAUUCCUCGGAAGCGGAGGCAAGGCCGUCCCCGUAGUACGACAGCUUCGAACCAGGCCUACAAUGACAUACAAUUUAUAGGACAUCUGUCAGAAAAUUCCAAUUUGUCGAGACUCAACGGCGACCCUGGUAAUGGUACCGCUGCAGCCGAGAAAAGACAAAGUUCUGCUGAUGUUUCGGAUGAGAUCAUAGUGAUCAACAAAGAGGCCACUUCCGAGGCGUUGAUUGCUCUAACUGCUGGGUUUCCUGCCGACUCGCUUACUGAUGAGGAGAUAGAUGCCGGAGUUGUUUCUAAUGUCGGGGUCGGUGGGAUUGAGCAGGUAAAUUACAUCCUCAUCAGGAACCAUAUCAUAGCAAAAUGGCGGGAAAAUGUGUCUACUUGGCUGACGAAGGAAAUGUUUACAGAUAUUAUCCCGAAGCAAUGUACUACUCUGUUGGAUUCGGCAUAUAACUAUUUGGUCUCGCGUGGGUUUAUCAACUUUGGGGUGACACCUGCGAUCAAGGAGAGGAUGGAUACAGACCCUGAUAAGCCUAGAGUGAUCGUGAUUGGGGCAGGAAUGGCAGGCUUGGCUGCAGCAAGACAAUUGCUCUCAUUCGGUUUUAAAGUGACUGUUUUGGAGGGAAGGAAGCGGGCAGGAGGGAGGGUGUAUACAAAGAAGAUGGAAGGUGGGAACCGGGCAGCAUCUGCAGAUUUAGGAGGUAGUGUAUUGACAGGCACGUUGGGAAAUCCACUUGGAAUUAUUGCAAGGCAACUCUCUUAUACACUUCACAAGGUAAGGGAUAAGUGCCCCCUCUACAGACCAGACGGGAAACCGGUCGAUCCAAAUUUGGAUAAGAAGGUGGAAACGGAUUUCAACACACUUUUAGACCAAGCAAGCAAACUCAGACAAUCUAUGGGGGAUGUUUCUCAGGAUGUAUCUCUAGGGGCUGCGUUGGAAACUUUCCUCCAGAUUAAUGGAAAUGAGGUAAAUACAGAGGAAUUGAGUUUAUUUAACUGGCAUCUUGCAAAUCUUGAGUAUGCAAAUGCAGGUUUGCUUUCAAAACUCUCACUGGCGUUUUGGGACCAAGAUGAUCCCUAUGAUAUGGGAGGGGACCAUUGUUUCUUGCCCGGAGGAAACGGAAGGCUCGUUCAGGCUUUGGCUGAGAACGUUCCUAUUCUUUAUGAGAAAACCAUCAACACGAUCCGUUAUGGUAGUGAUGGCAUCCAGGUUGUUGCUGGGUCACAGGUAUUUGAUGGUGACAUGGCACUUUGCACCGUUUCGCUUGGGGUUCUCAAGAAUGGGUCUAUUAAGUUCAUACCGGAGUUGCCCCAGAGGAAGCUUGAUGGGAUAAAGAGAUUGGGAUUUGGUUUGUUGAAUAAGGUUGCAAUGCUUUUCUCGCAUGUUUUCUGGGGUACUGAUCUUGAUACGUUUGGGCAUUUGGCUGAGGAUCCUAGUCAUCGUGGAGAGUUUUUUCUGUUCUAUAGCUACGCUCCUGUUGCUGGUGGACCCCUAUUGAUAGCUCUAGUGGCUGGAGAAGCUGCUCACAAAUUCGAGACCAUGCCUCCCACUGAUGCGGUGACGCGUGUUCUCCAGAUUCUCAAAGGUAUAUAUGAACCACAAGGAAUUGAAGUGCCUGAACCCAUCCAAACAGUUUGUACAAGAUGGGGCAGUGACCCCUUCAGCUUAGGUUCAUACUCCAAUGUUGCUGUGGGUGCAUCUGGGGACGACUAUGAUAUUCUAGCUGAAAAUGUGGGAGAUGGCAGGCUUUUCUUUGCGGGUGAGGCCACCACAAGACGGUAUCCAGCAACCAUGCAUGGAGCUUUUCUCACUGGGCUUAGAGAAGCUUCCAACAUCGCUCAUUAUGCCAAAGUUAGAACAUUGAGUACAAAAGUUGAAAAAAACCCUUGGAAGAAUGCUCAUUCUUGUGCAUCUCUUCUUACUGAUCUAUUCAGGCAGCCGGAUUUGGAAUUUGGUAGCUUUUCUGUGAUCUUUGCUAGAAAAGUCAUUGAUGUAAAAUCAGCAGCGGUAGUAAGGGUGACGUUUAGCGGGCCGAGGAAGAAAAGCCAUGAUGGGUUGCUCUUUCAGCAGCUUCAGUCUCACUUUAAUCAGCAGCAAGAACUGCAUGUUUACACAUUGAUAUCUAAGGAACAAGCAAUGGAGUUGAGAGAGGUGAGAGGGGGUGAUGAGGCGAGGUUGAAUUGCCUUUGUGAGAAAUUUGGGGUGAAGCUGGUUGGGAGGAAGGGUCUGGGGCCAUCCGCAGAUUCUAUAAUAGCUUCCAUCAAGGCUGAGAGGGGAAAACACAAACCCGGUCCCAAUCCUCUAAAAUCUGGUGGGCCAAAUUUGAGAGUUGUCGUAUCAAAGAAGAGAGUAAUCAGAAAGGCUAAAAUAAUACGCAGAGGCAAUGGAGCCAAUGAAGCCAAUGCACCCAACGGAGAUGCUACCCGGAUGAAAACAGUUUGUGCACUUCAGUCUAAUUCUGGCCCUAAACUAGUGGUGACCAAUAUCACCAACACUGCAAGACUAGGAAGCAACGUCCCUAGCUCUAGUCAGAUUUCAAGCUCACUUGGCGACCAAAAUGCUAAAAUGGUGUAUAGACCAGGAAGUAUUAAUUAUGAUUCUAUCCUUACCCCUUCAUUGAAUUCUUGCAUUGGUGGUUCAAAUAUUAUCAAAGUGGAUUCAGAAGCAAGCAACAAAACUAGUACCUCAACUCCUCCAAGCUCCACUCUUGAAGAUAUUUUUUCGGGACCAUAGAAGUGAUGGUGCCACCCUUCUCCUAACUAAUUGUGAUGAUAGAGCACAUAUAUAACGCACACACAUCUAAUCUAACUUCCUGUUUGAACUUUUGAUUGUCAAUAGUUGAUAAUGAAGUGGGAUUUUUUUAGCACUACUUGAAAGUGUUUAGUAAAUUGUAUGGUUCAUUGCCAUUUGAGAUCAAUUCAUUACUCCAUCCCAACCUGUAAUGUAUUGACUGAUAAUUGUCAAGGAAAGGAAAUUUGACUCUCCCAACCUCUAACCUUAUUACGGAGUAAUUGAU